UAUCAAACGGUUUUUUUUCUAAUCGUGUGGUCUUUGGCUGAAAUCUCCGCGACUGAAAUCUCUCUCACUCUCUCUCUAGAUUAUCUCAUAUUCGCUCCCUUGCUUCCACCAUUGGCUUAUCCUCGCUUCUUGAGUGCUCCCUAAUUUCUCUGAAUUGCGAAACUCUUGCCUGAGACAAUCGCAGCUUUGAAUGCGAAUCUUUUGAUUCCUUUCAUUGGCUGUGAUUUUACUGUAUCAUUACCUUCCGGCGGAAUAUGUUUAUUUAUCUUCUUCAUCUUUGUGUUCCCAGACGAAUGAGCUUUUGUCACAGUUGGCUUGAUUUUCACCUCAACGCGGAAUGAGUAGUUCGUGCACCGAUGCUUUUGAAUAGACAUGGCUUCUGCUACUUCAAUGUCAGUUUCUAUUGAAUGUGUGAAUAUAUGUAAGUCUUGGAAAGGAGAUGUGAGUGGGAGAUUCGACUGUAGUGUGCUAUCUUGUGCCUGGAAGGCGCCAAGGGCCUUGACUGGGUUCCUUGCCAGCACAACUCAUCCUUCUCAGUGUUCCUCUACUCCUUAUAGAUAUGGAAGAAGAAAUCGUCUCCACCGAUGUAGAUGUUAUACUUCUGAUAUGGAUGAACGCUACUCUGAUGAAGCUCUGCAAGCAGUCCCUGGCUCAAGGCUUCUACUAACUACUUCUAGCAAAUGGAAAUUAUGUUGCUCUUUAUCAUUUUCUUCAGAGUCUUGUGAAGAGAUAUCUCCUGAAAGUUUGUGGGAGGGUCUUAUACCUUCCAUUUCAUAUCUUUCUUACAAGGAAUUGGAAUUGGUUCGCAAGGCUUUGAAUCUUGCUUUUGAGGCGCAUGAUGGUCAAAAGCGUCGUAGUGGAGAGCCCUUUAUUAUUCACCCAGUUGCAGUUGCACAGAUCCUUGGACAGCUUGAAUUGGAUUGGGAGUCAAUUGCUGCUGGGUUAUUACAUGAUACUGUGGAAGAUACAAAUGUAGUUACUUUUGAAAGAAUAGAGAAGGAAUUUGGUCCGACAGUUCGGCGUAUUGUUGAAGGGGAGACUAAGGUAUCCAAGCUCGGAAAGAUCAAGUGCAAGGAUGAAAGCCAUGUACAGGAUGUCAAAGCUGAUGACCUUAGACAGAUGUUUCUUUCCAUGACGGAGGAGGUCCGUGUUAUAAUUGUAAAAUUGGCUGAUAGAUUACAUAAUAUGCGCACUCUUUCACAUAUGCCUCCACACAAGCAGUCUGGCAUUGCAACAGAGACGCUGCAGGUUUUUGCUCCUUUGGCAAAACUUCUUGGAAUAUACCAAAUCAAGUCAGAACUUGAAAACUUAGCAUUUAUGUAUACAAAUGCUCAAGACUAUGCCAGGGUGCAGCGAAGAAUUGCAGAACUUUAUAAAGAACAUGAAAAAGAACUCAAAGAGGCAAAAAGAAUAUUGAUGAAGAAAAUAGAGGAAGACCAAUUCUUAGAUCUCGUGACGGUGAAGACUGAAAUUCAUUCAAUAUGCAAGGAACCUUACAGCAUCUACAAAGCAGUGCUGAAAUCUAAGAACUCGAUAAACGAAGUGAACCAAAUUGCGCAGCUUCGAAUUAUUAUAAAACCAAAGCCUUGUGUUGGAGUUAGGCCCCUUUGCAGUGCACAUCAGAUAUGCUAUCAUGUGCUUGGACUUGUACAUGGAAUUUGGACACCUAUCCCGCGGGCUAUGAAAGACUACGUCGCCACUCCAAAGCCUAAUGGCUAUCAAAGUCUUCAUACAACAGUGAUCCCAUUUCUUUAUGAGAGCAUGUUUCGUUUGGAAGUUCAGAUAAGAACUGAAGAGAUGGACCUGAUAGCUGAGAGAGGCAUUGCUGCGCAUUACAGUGGGAAAGGUUUUGUAAAUGGUUUAGUUGGGCAUGUUAUAACCAAUGGUAGAAGUUCACGAGGGAAAAUAGUCUGCCUUAACAAUGCCAAUAUUGCUCUCAGGGUAUAAAUCUGUUGCUUUUGCUAAAUUGUCUAGUGCCUUAUUAGCUGU